CAAAAUCUGUGCUUAAAUAUCAGUUUAAGAAGGAUAUUUUGAUUAUGUCUCAGGAAAAAAAGAAUCAGAACAAAACAGCAGAAGAAGAAGAAGAAAUAAAUAAUUAUGGCACAUCUAUUUUACCAUAUAAUACUCAAUGGACACAGCUUGAAAACCAGGAAAAACAGAGAUUAAAGAUUUUAUUGGAUAGUUUUAAUGAGGAUCAAAUGAGACGUUAUGAAAUCUUUCGCCGGGCGAAUAUUGAUAAAUUAAGUCUUAGAAAGAUGGUGAAUUGUAUUUUAAAUCAAAGUAUUACGCCGAAUAUUUGUAUUGUUAUUUCUGGGUUUGUUAAAGUAUUUAUUGGGGAAAUUGUUGAGAAAGCAUUGGAUAUUCAAAAAAAAUGGGGACAUUCGGGGCCAUUAGCGCCAGAACAUUUAAGGGAAGCGUAUCGAUUGUAUAAACAAGAAACUAAACGAAUACCGCAAAAUAGAACAAUUAGACGUUUAUUUCGAUAAUUUAUUAUAGAAAGAAAUGAUAAUAUAAUGUUAUCGAUAGAAAGAG